GGACACCCCCGCGAGGAAGGUAAACAAGGAGGCGGGGCAGCGGCCGACCCGGAAGUAGAACUAUUUAACCAGCGGAAUCUUUGGGUGAAGCCGCCGGCUUUCGGAUCCGGGGCUGGCCGUGGUUCGCGAUGGCCGAGCCGGGACCCGCCGAAGAGCUCGCCAAACUCGAGUACCUGUCCCUGGUCUCCAAAGUGUGCACCGAGCUGGACAACCACCUGGGCAUCAACGACAAGGACUUAGCUGAAUUUGUGAUAAGUCUUGCAGAGAAAAAUACAACCUUUGACACAUUUAAAGCUUCUCUCACCAAAAAUGGGGCUGAAUUCACAGACUCUCUCAUUAGUAACUUGUUACGCCUCAUACAGACUAUGCGGCCCCCAGCCAAGCUUUCUGCUAACAAAGAUCCAGUUAUUAAGCCCAAGACAGAAAAGGAGAAGCUCAAGGACCUCUUCCCAGCACUUUGCCGACCAGACAAUCCUGCAAUUAGGACCAUGCUUGAUGAAGAUGAUGUGAAAGUAGCUGUGGAUGUCCUCAAAGAGUUAGACGCUCUAAAGCCUAGUGCUGCAGCACAGAAGCAGAGAGGCUCUGAACAUCGUGAUAGGGCAAAGAAGAAAAAAAGGAGUCGUAGUCGAAGCCGAGACAGAGACCACAAGCGAAGACACCGGUCCCGAUCAAGAUCACGUUCUAGGACUCGAGACAGGAAUAAAGGGAAAUCUAGAUAUCGAUCAAGGAGCAGAAGUCAGAGUCCUGUUAAAGACCGUAAGGACCGUGAUAAAUAUGGGGAAAAGAGCAAUGAUAGAUGGCGAGACAAACAUGUGGACCGGCCUCCUCCUGAAGAGCCUUCUAUUGGGGAAAUUUACAAUGGCAAAGUUACCAGUAUCAUGCAGUUUGGAUGUUUUGUACAACUGGAAGGACUAAGGAAACGAUGGGAAGGUUUAGUUCAUAUCUCUGAGCUUCGUCGGGAGGGCCGAGUGGCAAAUGUCGCUGAUGUGGUGAGCAAAGGCCAGAGGGUUAAGGUGAAAGUCCUGUCCUUCACUGGGACCAAAACCAGCCUGAGCAUGAAGGAUGUGGAUCAGGAUACUGGAGAAGAUCUGAAUCCAAACCGACGGAGGAACCUUGUUGGGGAAACCAAUGAGGAGACUUCUAUGAGGAACCCUGAUAGACCUACUCACCUCUCCCUUGUCAGUGCUCCAGAAGUGGAAGAUGACACUCUUGAAAGGAAACGCCUCACCCGAAUAUCAGAUCCUGAGAAGUGGGAGAUCAAACAGAUGAUUGCGGCCAAUGUACUUUCUAAAGAAGAGUUUCCAGACUUUGAUGAAGAGACAGGAAUCCUUCCUAAAGUGGAUGAUGAAGAAGAUGAAGAUCUGGAGAUUGAAUUGGUUGAGGAAGAACCUCCAUUCCUGAGAGGACAUACCAAACAAAGCAUGGACAUGAGCCCCAUUAAAAUUGUUAAGAAUCCCGAUGGCUCCUUGUCCCAAGCAGCAAUGAUGCAGAGUGCUUUGGCGAAAGAAAGGAGAGAACUCAAACAGGCCCAGCGUGAAGCAGAGAUGGACUCCAUUCCUAUGGGACUCAACAAACACUGGGUGGAUCCUCUGCCUGAUGUGGAUGGAAGGCAGAUUGCUGCCAACAUGCGGGGCAUUGGAAUGAUGCCUAAUGACAUCCCAGAAUGGAAGAAGCAUGCUUUUGGGGGCAACAAAGCAUCUUAUGGUAAAAAGACUCAGUUGUCAAUCAUUGAACAGAGGGAGAGUCUUCCCAUCUUCAAGCUUAAAGAGCAGCUUGUUCAGGCUGUUCAUGACAAUCAGAUCCUGAUUGUUAUUGGAGAGACAGGUUCUGGGAAGACAACCCAGAUCACACAGUAUCUUGCUGAGGCCGGUUACACCUCCAGGGGGAAAAUUGGAUGUACACAACCUCGAAGGGUUGCAGCGAUGUCAGUGGCCAAAAGAGUGUCUGAAGAAUUUGGAUGUUGCUUGGGACAAGAGGUGGGUUACACUAUUCGUUUUGAAGAUUGCACCAGUCCAGAAACAGUCAUCAAGUACAUGACAGAUGGGAUGUUGCUCCGGGAAUGCUUGAUUGACCCUGAUCUUACUCAAUAUGCAAUCAUCAUGUUGGAUGAGGCUCAUGAGAGAACGAUUCACACAGAUGUGCUCUUUGGAUUGUUGAAAAAGACAGUACAGAAACGGCAAGACAUGAAGCUGAUUGUUACUUCUGCAACAUUAGAUGCUGUGAAAUUUUCCCAGUAUUUCUAUGAAGCUCCCAUUUUCACCAUUCCAGGCCGAACAUAUCCUGUGGAAAUUCUCUACACUAAAGAACCUGAGACAGAUUACUUGGAUGCCAGUUUGAUCACAGUCAUGCAGAUCCAUUUAACUGAACCACCAGGUGACAUCUUGGUGUUUCUGACUGGUCAGGAAGAGAUUGAUACAGCCUGUGAGAUUUUGUAUGAACGCAUGAAGUCCCUGGGACCUGAUGUACCUGAAUUAAUCAUCCUCCCUGUGUAUUCUGCCCUACCAAGUGAGAUGCAGACCCGGAUCUUUGACCCGGCUCCUCCUGGUAGCAGGAAGGUUGUAAUUGCUACCAACAUUGCUGAGACAUCUCUGACUAUUGAUGGAAUCUAUUACGUGGUGGACCCCGGGUUUGUGAAGCAGAAAGUGUACAACUCCAAGACUGGAAUCGAUCAGCUGGUGGUGACUCCCAUUUCUCAGGCACAGGCAAAGCAGAGAGCAGGGAGAGCGGGGAGAACAGGGCCUGGAAAGUGUUACAGGCUCUACACGGAACGUGCCUACCGAGACGAAAUGUUAACCACCAACGUGCCUGAGAUCCAGAGAACUAAUUUAGCCAGCACGGUGCUCUCUCUCAAGGCUAUGGGCAUCAAUGAUUUGCUUUCCUUUGACUUCAUGGAUGCUCCCCCAAUGGAAACUCUGAUUACAGCCAUGGAGCAGCUGUAUACGUUGGGAGCCCUGGAUGACGAGGGCCUGCUCACCCGUCUGGGCCGCAGGAUGGCGGAGUUUCCCUUGGAGCCAAUGUUGUGCAAAAUGCUGAUCAUGUCUGUACAUCUGGGUUGCAGUGAGGAGAUGCUCACCAUUGUGUCCAUGCUGUCAGUGCAGAAUGUCUUCUACAGGCCCAAGGACAAACAAGCCCUUGCAGAUCAGAAGAAAGCCAAAUUCCACCAAACUGAAGGUGACCACCUCACUCUCUUGGCUGUGUAUAAUUCUUGGAAGAACAACAAAUUCUCCAAUCCCUGGUGUUAUGAGAAUUUCAUACAGGCUCGCUCUUUGCGCAGAGCCCAGGACAUCCGUAAACAGAUGUUGGGCAUCAUGGAUAGACAUAAGCUGGACGUGGUGUCCUGUGGCAAGGCAACAGUCCGUGUACAGAAAGCCAUUUGCAGUGGUUUCUUCCGAAAUGCAGCCAAGAAAGACCCACAGGAAGGCUACCGAACUUUGAUUGAUCAGCAGGUGGUCUACAUCCAUCCCUCUAGUGCACUCUUCAACAGACAGCCAGAAUGGGUGGUAUACCAUGAGCUGGUGCUGACCACCAAGGAGUACAUGCGGGAGGUCACCACCAUUGACCCCCGGUGGCUGGUGGAGUUUGCUCCGGCCUUUUUCAAGGUCUCAGACCCCACAAAGCUCAGCAAACAGAAGAAGCAGCAGCGGCUUGAGCCCCUAUACAACCGGUAUGAGGAGCCAAAUGCUUGGAGGAUCUCCCGUGCUUUCCGGCGGCGGUGA